AUGAGAACUACGGAACCUGGGGAGAGCAUUCACGGAACCCAGGCGUUCACGCCACCUCUGCGCCGAAGCGACAACGACCUGGAGCACGACCACCAAGCCAAGGCAAACUUAUUCAAAGAGACGUUCUUCCCACCCCAACCUGAUGUGGAUCUGUCCGACACUGCAAACCAAAGGUACAGCGACCAACUUACCUUUCCUCCUAUCACAGAACAGGAGAUAACUCGAGCAAUCGGAUCCAUGGCCGCCAAGAAAGCACCGGGACAGGACGGCAUCCCGGCACACUUACUACAACUACUGCUCCCCUACCUGACACCCCAUCUACUACAGAUCUACAACGCAUCCCUGGACCUACAAUACUGCCCAGCGCACUUCAGACAAUCCAAGACGGUGGUGCUACCCAAGCCCAACAAAAAGGACCGGUCGGAGGUGAAAUCGUACCGCCAGAUAGCCUUGCUGAACACCCUUGGUAAAGCCUUGGAGUCCAUCCUGGCAACAAGGAUCUCUCAGGCGGUCGAAGAACACCAGCUCCUCCCACACACGCAUGUAGGGGGAAGAAAGGGAAUGUCAACGGAACACGCGCUUCAUGGACUGAUGGAGCUGGUCUAUCAGUCUUGGGACAACGAUCAGGUAGCCAGCCUCCUCCUUCUGGAUGUAACAGGCGCCUUUGAUCAUGUCUCUCACCCCAGGCUUCUGCACAACCUGCGCAAGAGAAGGAUGGAUGAAAGAAUAGUCGGAUGGGUAGCGAGCUUUCUACGAAACAGGACAACUACUAUACCGCUCCGGGAGUGCACAACAGAACCUCUCCAUGUGGAGACCGGGAUCCCACAGGGUUCCCCGAUCUCGCCAGUGCUCUACCUCUUCUACAACGCUGACAUCCUGGAGGAUGCGCCUCUCCGGGUUACCGGAGCAGCGGCCGGAGGUUGGAUCGACGACAUCUACUUCUUCACCAGCAGCUGCACCACCGACGAGAACUGUAGGAAGUUGGCAAGAAUGCACGAACGGGCGGAGGCAUGGUCGGCCACGCACGGAUCAAAAUUCGACCUCAAAAAAUACCAAUUCAUCCACCUCACGCGAAGUCCAAGGAGAUACGAUGUACAACGGGCCUUGACCAUAUCAGACCUAACGAUUGCUCCGGCGAAAGAAGUCCGCUACUUGGGUGUCAUGUUGGACCAGCAGCUUCGAUGGGGCCCUCAGAUACGGCAUAUUGAAAAUACGACGUCACAAACGCUAAAUGCGUUGAGGUCCCUGGCAGGCUCAACGUGGGGGUCAGCGUUGGUUACGCUGCGGCAGGCGUACCUGGCCAUAGUGGUCCCACAGAUCACGUAUGCUUGUUCCGUGUGGCAUACGCCACGAGGCGAAAGAGGGCUCACAGAAAAGAUGCGGACGACCCUUGACAGGAUUCAGCGAGAAGGAGCAAGGAUCGUAGGAGGGGCAUACCGAGCAGCGUCGGGUGCGGCCCUGGACGUCGAGCUCUUCAUAAAGCCCCUGCGUCUGCAGCUGGAGGAGCGGGCACAUGACGCAGCACUGAACAUCCUCACCGACAACCGGUUCCAGAACGAAGACGACAACGGCACCUCAGCAUGGACCCCACCGAUACGCGGAGACUCCCUCAUCAGCCCACUAACGCGCCUCUACAACAGCCUCGAGACAACACUGGGAGAAGGAGCGGUCAGUCACCUGGAGUCGCGGAUCCCAUUCCCGGUAAAGCCGUGGUGGAGAGCGCCCACGGUCACUAUCGCGGAAGAUCGAGAAGCGGCGGAACGACUGCACACACACAUUAUCAGCGGAGCCGAUCCACCACUAGCAGUCUACACUGACGGUAGCGGCAUCCACGGGAAAGUGGGGGCUGCUGCAUUGGCGCCGCCGAUCCACACCCAAGAACUCGCUUAUCUCGGCAAGGAAACGACUGCCACCGUGCAGCCCUGA